GUGUAGGCUAUAGUUGCAACCGGGGUGAGAGAAAAUAUGAGCACAAAACGCCUGCUAUCUCGGGCGGCGCUUGAGUUCAGUCAUGGAUGAUUCUGAAAAUCACAUCAUUUUCUCCGGCGCGUGGAACUGCUGAAGAAGUGUGCAUUCUACCAAUAGCGCAACAAAAAGGACAAUCGGCUUUGUUUUGUUUUCGUCCCAUUCUCUUUGUCAAUCUCUUGUUUUGAAAGAAUGUGGUUGAAUCCAGAGGAAGUUUUGCUGAAAAAUGCACUGAAGCUUUGGGUUACCGAAAAAUCUAACGAUUUCUUCAUUUUGCAGCGCAGAAGAGGGCAUGGGGAUUCAGGGGGGAAAUUUACAGGUAAUACGCCCCCUCCCAUCUUCAUCUCACUGUCUGUCGUCUGAUUUCAGCAGCUUUGGCAGCCUAUAUGGAUACACCAGUCUACGGGAUACACUUACAACACAGUAACAACUAAUUUAUAAACGAUGUUGCAACUUGCCAUAACCGGGGCUACAAUGUAUCACUUUAAAUAGGCUCAGGAUUUUUACACAGCACUACUUGGGAAACAAGUGUUUUCUCCAUAUUUGGGGUCGUCAACACAUGUGCCAUGAAGCCUUGGCGCAGUAACGGGCAACUUUUUAAUAUAUAGUAUUUAGACUGUUUAUUUUGUUUCAGGUCUUCUUUGAUUUCUUUAAUUUCGAUACAAUGUUUGUCUGAUGAUGAACCAUGAUAAGGUGCCACUUGGUCUUGUGUUUGUUUAGUCAUCAUACAUAACUGAACACAUCAAGGACAGGAGGAUAGAGAGUAGACAUCUCAUAAAAGGAACAAUAUAAACACUUCCUGGCAAUUGGUUAUGGUUUACAGUAUUUGCUUGUUUGUGGCCAUGGUGAAUGGUCAGAUGGGGGUGAAAGGUCAGAAGAAGCCCUAGUUGUAAUGGGGUUGGCGCUUCUUACAAAACCACACCAUAGUAUGUUUUGUUAUAUGAAGAGAAAAACAAGUACAAUAUCAAGUGGAAGAAGAAAUCCAUGAUUCGAUUAAGAUAAAACAUAAAAGCAUCUGCAACCUCUAUCACUCUGUGUCACUAGCUAAAAUAACUUCUGCUUCCUAUUUCACAAAGAGCACUUUGCUACAAGGAAAUGGUUAUUUAUUUAUAUAUAUAUAGGGUUUAUUUUCUCGCAACGAGCACACUGUACAUGUCCAUUGUCCACAGCCAUACAAACUCACUGAACCAUAUAAGCAGAACAAAAUACAUGAUUUACAGUAGUUUAAGUUGGGACUUACAAUGUAAGCACAGUGAAGUAAGCGGUUUGGUGACAAAUACGUUUGUAUUGCCAGGGUGUCAUGGUUCAGAGCAGCAGAUGGGCAGAGCUUAUAGAUGUGGUGUGGUUGGAAUGGGCAGUGCUCCAGGAGAGGGUUAUUUGUCAGGAGUUCUGUUUGUCUUCCAUCCCUCUCCUCUUUUGUGGCGGGCGGUUGGGUGGGGGUGGGAAUGCCAAACACUAGAUAGUGAUCUCAUACCGACCAGACUGUAGCCUAUUGAACGUAGUAAGCCUUGUCUUGCCUGCUGUGUGCUUAUUACACAUUUGACUGGCCAAAUCAUUAACAGACUGUUCUUGCUAACGUAAUUUUUUAUUGUAGUUGAGGGGCGCCGUGUUGCUGUUAGGACUGUUUUUACUAGCGCUCCUUAAAUGCUCCAUUCUGUUGAAAGGCCAGAAUUAAAACUAGACAAGAGGGACUAGUGUUUGUAGAGAAGCAUGACGGUGAAUAGCAGUGGAGUUAAAGAGGGACUAUGAUGAUGAGUGUAGGCUCUGUUACCUCAGGGUAUUAGUGAGCAUAUCUGAUGACUGGUGGGGAUUACUGGAUGUGUAAAUUCUCCCUAAACACUAGUUCCAGGGUUCAUUUAGCCUUCUCAACGCCUAGUAGAUACAAAUUAGUUAGGUCUGGACGGAAAUUGAAAGCUUGGGGUAGAGUAGUGCAGCUUCUUUUGAACGUCAACUGGGGUGUCACUGUCAACCAUAUUGGAUGGGAUGUUAGGGUCUCUCUCUUAAGUUUGUAGUUUUUAGGCCAUGGCUUUGGGGCUUCAUAUGUGAGGAUUUGUGGGGAGGGGGUUUCCAAUACAAUACUAUUAGCCAUUGGUUCUAGUGGACCAAUAUAGUGACAAAGAGAAGAACAAUACUUGUGUUGAGUCUCUCAAUAGCUUGUAAGCCUAUGUUAUGCUCUCACAUAAUGUGGCCAUUAUGAGACCGUUAGCGACCGUAAGUGAUACCAGUUUAUGUCCUAUAUCAAGUCUGGCAUCCAGUGCCAAUCUUCUUCUGCUUGGCACCUCACUGUGGAAUGUCUGGGUCUGUUAUAGACAUGGUAAUGACUUUAGCCUUCUGGCAUUAUGUGGAAUAGGUACCUUUGUGUCCCAUCUGCUUAAAGGCACAAUCUGUAAAACUUCCUGCUGUUCAACAGUCAUUCCACUAAUGAUAACCAUUGAUUUUUGUAGAAUAUAACUUAUUAAUGCCUUAUGAGCUUAGUACAACUGUCUUACCCUAUGAAAAUGUGAUUUCAGUUUAAAUGGGUUGGUAUAAUGUGGCCUCUCUCUCCCAUACAGUGGGGGAAAAAAGUAUUUAGUCAGCCACCAAUUGUGCAAGUUCUCCCACUUAAAAAGAUGAGAGAGGCCUGUAAUUUUCAUCAUAGGUACACGUCAACUAUGACAGACAAAAUGAGGAAAGAAAAUCCAGAAAAUCACAUUGUAGGAUUUUUAAUGAAUUUAUUGCAAAUUAUGGUGGAAAAUAAGUAUUUGGUCAAUAACAAAAGUUUCUCAAUAUUUUGUUAUAUACCCUUUGUUGGCAAUGACACAGGUCAAACGUUUUCUGUAAGUCUUCACAAGGUUUUCACACACUGUUGCUGGUAUUUUGGCCCAUUCCUCCAUGCAGAUCUCCUCUAGAGCAGUGAUGUUUUGGGGCUGUCGCUGGGCAACACAGACUUUCAACUCCCUCCAAAGAUUUUCUAUGGGGUUGAGAUCUGGAGACUGGCUAGGCCACUCCAGGACCUUGAAAUGCUUCUUACGAAGCCACUCCUUCAUUGCCCGGGCGGUGUGUUUGGGAUCAUUGUCAUGCUGAAAGACCCAGCCACGUUUCAUCUUCAAUGCCCUUGCUGAUGGAAGGAGGUUUUCACUCAAAAUCUCACGAGACAUGGCCCCAUUCAUUCUUUCCUUUACACGGAUCAGUCGUCCUGGUCCCUUUACAGAAAAACAGCCCCAAAGCAUGAUGUUUCCACCCCCAUGUUUCACAGUAGGUAUGGUGUUCUUUGGAUGCAACUCAGCAUUCUUUGUCCUCCAAACACGACGAGUUGAGUUUUUACCAAAAAGUUCUAUUUUGUUCAUCUGACCAUAUGACAUUCUCCCAAUCCUCUUCUGGAUCAUCCAAAUGCACUCUAGCAAACUUCAGACGGGCCUGGACAUGUACUGGCUUAAGCAGGGGGACACGUCUGGCACUUCAGGAUUUGAGUCCCUGGCGGCGUAGUGUGUUACUGAUGGUAGGCUUUGUUACUUUGGUCCCAGCUCUCUGUAGGUCAUUCACUAGGUCCCCCCGUGUGGUUCUGGGACUUUUGCUCACCGUUCUUGUGAUCAUUUUGACCCCACGGGGUGAGAUCUUGCGUGGAGCCCCAGAUCGAGGGAGAUUAUCAGUGGUCUUGUAUGUCUUCCAUUUCCUAAUAAUUGCUCCCACAGUUGAUUUCUUCAAACCAAGCUGCUUACCUAUUGCAGAUUCAGUCUUCCCAGCCUGGUGCAGGUCUACAAUUUUGUUUCUGGUGUCCUUUGACAGCUCUUUGGUCUUGGCCAAAGUGGAGUUUGGAGUGUGACUGUUUGAGGUUGUGGACAGGUGUCUUUUAUACUGAUAACAAGUUCAAACAGGUGCCAUUAAUAAAGGUAACGAGUGGAGGACAGAGGAGCCUCUUAAAGAAGAAGUUACAGGUCUGUGAGAGCCAGAAAUCUUGCUUGUUUGUAGGUGACCAAAUACUUAUUUUCCACCAUAAUUUGCAAAUAAAUUCAUUAAAAAUCCUACAAUGUGAUUUUCUGGAAAAAAUAUUCUCAAUUUGUCUGUCAUAGUUGACGUGUACCUAUGAUGAAAAUUACAGGCCUCUCUCAUCUUUUUAAGUGGGAGAACUUGCACAAUUAGUGGCUGACUAAAUACUUUUUUCCCCCACUGUAUGUCAAAGAGCUCAUUGACAUGUAUGUGUUGUCAGAUGGUAUUUCUCAGUAAUUUCCGGUCUCUUUCUGCUCUGGUCUGUCCAGGUCUUCUAGUGGGAGCUCUGGACUCAGUGCUGGACUCCAACGCCCGGGUCACACCGUUCCGUAUCCUGCUACAGGUGCCUGGGUCACAGGUCAGCUGGACCAUAGCUUGUGGUAAGCUCUCUGACAUUUCUCUCCUUUACUUUCUAUCUCUCUGAUUCUCAUAUUUGUCUGUCUCUCUCUCUAGCUCUCUCUCUCUUUGUAUCUAUCUCUCUGACAGGUGUUGUAUGUGUGUGUGUCUAUGUGUUGUUAUACAGGUGCUGCUGUCGGAGAGAUGAACAGACAUUGGGACUGGCUGGUCCAGAACCUACUCCACUCUCUCUCAGUGUUUGAGAACAAGGAGGAUGUCGCUAGCUUCGUCAAAGGGAAAGUCAAGGUACUGUACUAUUAGAAUAAAACCUAAUAUAGACCUGUGAUACACUGUAAAUACUUUGUAGGCCAACUGUCAAAAACCACUGUAUUCAACCUAAUCUGACUCUCAACUGUUGCUCUCUCUCCUCCUGACUUUCUUUUCUAUUUCUGUGUUUCUUGCUCUCUUUUUAUUUUCUCUUCCUCUUUUCUCUUUCUCUCAUUACCCAUUUAUUUAUCCUCCUCCCCCAGGGUCUGAUAGCGGAGGAGGUAAGGGGGAAACAGGCGGCUCAGGAGGAGGAGCCUGAGAAGUUCCGGGAGGCGCUGCUGAAGUUUGAGCUAUGUUUCGGCCUGCCCUCCUCAGAGAAGCUGGUCACCACCUACUCUUGCUGCUGCUGGAAGGGGCGGGUCCCCCGGCAGGGCUGGCUCUACCUCAGCAUCAACCACAUGGCCUUCUACUCCUUCCUGUUGGGAAAGGAAGGUCAGUCCCCUUAAAUGCUCCCCCUUUCAUUAGCACACAGAAUAGCCCCAAGUCUGACUGAUUGUGAACUGGUUGUGAACUUUGAACUGUUGUCCGCUUCUCUCUCCCUCAGUGAAGUUUGUGAUCCCGUGGGCGGAGGUGACGAGGCUGGAGCGGGUCUCCACGGGCCUCAUGACAGACAUGGUGCGUGUGACAACGCGACGGUGCCAGCGAGACUUCUCCAUGUUCCUGAGCCUGGAUGAGGCGUUCGGGGUCAUUGGUCAGCUGGCUGACAUUGCCCUGCGACGCCUGCUGGACAGCGAAGGCCUGGAGCUGGACCGAGUCCUCCAGCAGUCCUCCAACAUCACCAAGAGGUCAGAGGGCAAUGCAGAAAAAGUUAAAUAAAGUUGUAUCGUAUUGUAGUGUAAAGGAGGGCAGGGUAUUUUGUGUGGUUGUAUCAUUCGCUUUGUUCAGAUUCAAAUAAUCUGAGAGGAUUGUAUUGGAUCAGUUGCUUGCCUGAUUAAUCAGUUUGAUAAACAGUAAUUUAAUAAGGUUAUCUCAUUCUUAUCUGUUUUGGUCAAAAGAGACCUCAUCAAGCGCUUCCUGAAAACCCCUGAUAUCUUAACUAAUUUACUUCCCUCUAGUUUCUGACCAUCCUCUAUAACCAUAGCAUCAUAGUGCAACUGAUCUUCCUUUGAGCCGAGAGGGACGUUCAGUCAUGUUCUUCAGACAGACAUUAUAUGACGCUGAUGAGCUCAGAAAGACUUGUAAAUAGCUAGACUUUGCCCCUAGGUGUUUCAGCCAUAACAGGAAUACAGCAUAUCGUGUUACAGUCUAUGGGGAAAAUAAACAUAUUUUUUUACAAUGUUCCUUCCUUCUACUGCCUGUGUUUUGGGUUCCGGCUGGUCUCAGAACAGUUGUGUAGUGAUUGAUGGGCCGUGUUCCACUACACAGCACUGUUUACCAUACGCUAUAAAUCAAUGUUUGUCUCAGUGUGACUGGAAGGCCCUUCAGCUCUAUCCUGUGGGAAAUUAUACCUUCGCUUGGAGAGGUAGCUCAUAAAUACACCCCUUUUCUUCUGUCAGUCUUAGUUCUGUGUGUGCGUGUGUAUGUGUACGUAGUGCAUUCACCAUAACAUUAACCACCAUAACUACCCCGUACCCCUGCACAUUGACUCGGUACUGGUAACCCUUGUAUAUAGCCUCGUUAUUGUUAAUUUAUUGCGUUACUAUUUUUCCUUUAGUUUAAUUAGCAAAUAAUAAUUAUUAUAAUAUUUAUUUUUCGCCCCAAGUUUGUGAUAUCCAAUUGCGAUCUUGUCUCAUCGCUGCAACUCCCCAACGGGCUCAGGAGAGGCGAAGGUCGAGUCAUGUGUCCUCCGAAACAUGACCUGCCAAACCGCGCUCCUUAACACCCACACGCUUAACGCGGAAGCCAGCUGCACCAAUGUGUCGGAGGAAACACUGUUCAACUGACGACCGAAGUCAGCCUGCAGGCGCCCGGCCCGCAACAAGAAGUCGCUAGGGCACGAUGAACCAAGUAAAGCCCCCCCGGGCAAACCCUCCCCUAACCCAGACGAUGCUGGGCCAAUUGUGCGCCGCCCUAUGGGACUUCCGGUCACAGCCGGAUGUGACACAGCCUGGGAUCGAACCCGGGUCUGUAGUGACGCCUCAAGCACUGCGAUGCAGUGCCUUAGACCUCUGUGCCACUCGGGAGGCCCCAAUUUCUUUCUUAAUUACUUAAAAAAUCAAAAUCUGAAUUAUUGGUUAAGGGCUAGUAAGUAAGCAUUUCAUGGUAAUGUCUGCACCUCUUGUAUUUGGCGCAUGUGACAAAUAAGAUUUGAUUUGAAAACAGCGAGUUUCUAUCGACGUUUUUUAAAUGUUUAAACUUUUGAUGAUGUCAUUGAGUAGAACUAAAUGUAGAAAUACGCCAUUUUCACAUAUGUAGAUAAUGAAAAUUAGGUUGACAAGUGGUGGAAUUGCCUUUUAGUGUUUCUUAUCCUGUCUCUCAGUCAGAAAUGUCUGGGUCACCAAAGGCAACAAGGCCAUGAGGAUUCACCCUCAAUCUCUCUUUUACUCUCUCCCUCUCUCUAUCCUGGAAGGGAAUUCCUAGCUGUCACUCAUUUACAACAGAACGUUUCACUGUUUGGGUCAUACUCUACCUCUUCCCCCCUGCCAGCUAAGUAUCUCUUUCUGAGUGUCCCUCCAACUCUUCCCCCUCAGGGUUCUGGAGGAGCAGGCGUUGAGGGCGUAUGUCCUGGCUCUAUUUCGGCUACCGCGGGGCGAACGUCUUCAGGAGGUGGCGCUGUGUUCAGUGUGGACGCCCCAUGCCCGCUGUCACACGGCAGGAACGCUCUACACCACCGACAGCUACCUAUGCUUCGCCAGCCGAGAGGAGGGCCAAUGCAGCCUGCUUAUCUCUCUCUCAGAGGUACCCCUAGUACCAUACUGCAGUGCCUCCCUAUUUGAUUUAUAGAAAGGUCUCACACAAAAAGCCCUCACAAGUUCCCCUAGCCUAGCUCUUACAGUUAAUCCAGCCUUCCCAAAGGAGAGCCUUUAUCAGUGUACAGUCGUGGUCAAAAGUAUUGGUCUUCACAAAGUUUGCUGCUUCAGUGUUUUUAGAUAUUUUUGUCAGAUGUUACUAUGGUAUACUGAAGUAUAAUUACAAGCAUUCCAUAAGUGUCAAAGGCUUUUAUUGACAAUUACAUUAAGUUUAUGCAAAGAGUCAAUAUUUGCAGUGUUGACCCUUCUUUUUCAAGACCUCUGCAAUCCGCCCUGGCAUGCUGUCAAUUAACUUCUGGGCCACACCCUGACUGAUGGCAGCCCAUUCUUGCAUAAUCAAUGCUUGGAGUUUGUCAGAAUUUGUGGGUUUUUGUUUGUCCACCCACCUCUUGAGGAUUGACCACAAGUUCUCAAUGGCAUUAAGGUCUGGGGAGUUUCCUGGCCAUGGACCCAAAAUGUCGAUGUUUUGUUCCCCGAGCUACUUAGUUAUCACUUUUGCCUUAUGGCAAGGUGCUCCAUCAUGCUGGAAAAGGCAUUGUUCGUCACCAAACUGUUCUUGGAUGGUUGGAAGAAGUUGCUCUCGGAGGAUGUGUUAGUACCAUUCUUUAUUAAUGGCUGUGUUCUUAGGCAAAAUUGUGAGUGAGCCCACUCCCUUGGCUGAGAAGCAACCCCACACGUGAAUGGUCUCAGGAUGCUUUACUGUUGGCAUGACACAGGACUGAUGGUAGCGCUCACCUUGUCUUCUCCGGACAAGGUGUUUUCCGGAUGCCCCAAACAAUCGGAAAGGGGAUUCAUCAGAGAAAAUUACUGUACCCCAGUCCUCAGCAGUCCAAUCCCUUUACCUUUUGCAGAAUAUCAGUCUGUCCCUGAUGUUUUUCCUGGAGAGAAGUGGCUUCCUCUCUGCCCUUCUUGACACCAGGCCAUCCUCCAAAAGUCUUUGCCUCACUGUGCAUGCAGAUGCACUCACACCUGCCUGCUGCCAUUCCUGAGCAAGCUCUGCACUGGUGGUGCCCCGAUCCCGCAGCUGAAUCAACUUUAGGAGACGGUCCUGACACUUGCUGGACUUUCUUGGGCGCCCUGAAGCCUUCUUCACAACAAUUGAACCUCUCUCCUUGAAGUUCUUGAUGAUCCGGAAAUUGUUGAUUUAGGUGCAAUCUUACUAGCAGCCAAUAUCCUUGCCUGUGAAGCCCUUUUUGUGCAAAGCAAUGAUGACGGCACGUGUUUCCUUGCAGGUAACCAUGCUUAACAGAGGAAGAACAAUGAUUUCAAGCACCACCCUCCUUUUAAAACUUCCAGUCUGUUAUUCUAACUCAAUGAGCAUGACAGAGUGAUCUCCAUCCUUGUCCUCGUCUACACUCUCACCUGUGUUAACGAGAGAAUCACUGACAUGAUGUCAGCUGGUCCUUUUGUGGCAGGGCUGAAAUGCAGUGGAAAUGUUUUUUUGGGAAUAAGUUCAUUUUCAUGGCAAAUAGGGACUUUGCAAUUAAUUGCAAUUCUUCUGAUCACUCUUCAUAACAUUCUGGAGUAUGUGCAAAUUGCCAUCAUAAAAAUUGAGGCAGCAGACUUUGUGAAAAUUAAUAUUUGUGUCAUUCUCAAAACUUUUGACCACGACUGUAGUGCAGUGUAUUUUGUGCUAGAGGUGGUGUAUUUUGGCUUCUCAAACAGACUAUGUUGACGCUGCUUCUCUACUGGUUAAAGUGUAACGCUGGUGGAAUGUAGCGACUGCUGUUUACACUGUACACGUGUUGUUGGAAGUGUUAGAGUUUACAACUUUAGCUUUACCAUGGUUAUCUACAUUAUAUACCAGUCAGUCAUAUAUCAAGCUAUAUAUAGAUGUAUGUAUGGCUCUGCUAUACAUAAAAGCUAUUCAUAGUUUAUUACUGUGUUAUUACUGUUUUACAAGUAAAUAGCGCUACAGUAAUUUCUUUGGCUGUUCACCUCUGACCCCUGUCUCCUCCUGUUUUAUUGUCAGGUGAUCUCCAUAGAGAAGGCGGAGAGCACCAGCCUGCUGCCCAACCCAGUGAUCGUCAGCGUGAGGAGUAAGAAGGCCUUCCAGCUGAUGGAGCUGCAGGACAGAGACAGCCUGGUGGACAGCCUGACAUCACGCCUCAGAUCCCUGCAGUGGAAACACUCCAUGUUCCGCAGCAAGAAAUCUCUGGUAUGCUACAGCUACACUACCAACCGCUAAAUGUCUGUUGUCAAUUACACACAUCAUAUCUCAUGGUGAUGCCCAACAGGCCUAGUCCACGAAGUAGAAUUACUUCAUUGUGUAUAUUUGACUAAUUCUGGUGUUUGGCUGCUCCAGACCUCUUCGUCUCCCUACUACACCUUCUACUAUGACACCAUGUACUGUGACGGGGAGGAGAUCGAGGAGAGACCACUACGUCAAACAGUGAACACAGAGGCUCUGAUGGCAUGCUACCAUCACUCUCAACCUGACCCCAACAACAGCACGGCUGUGAGUAUGGAAACUAGCGCACCAUUGGCUGUAGCCCUAAUAUGAAUAGGGCCUCUAUUAUUAUGGUGUUUAGAUAGCAGAUACAGUGGGGAAAAAAAGUAUUUAGUCAGCCACCAAUUGUGCAAGUUCUCCCACAAAAAGAUGAGAGAGGCCUGUAAUUUUCAUCAUAGGUACACGUCAACUAUGACAGACAAAUUGAGGAAAAAAAAUCCAGAAAACCACAUUGUAGGAUUUUUAAUGAAUUUAUUUGCAAAUUAUGGUGGAAAAUAAGUAUUUGGUCACCUACAAACAAGCAAGAUUUCUGGCUCUCACAGACCUGUAACUUCUUCUUUAAGAGGCUCCUCUGUCCUCCACUCGUUACCUGUAUUAAUGGCACCUGUUUGAACUUGUUAUCAGUAUAAAAGACACCUGUCCACAACCUCAAACAGUCACACUCCAAACUCCACUAUGGCCAAGACCAAAGAGCUGUCAAAGGACACCAGAAACAAAAUUGUAGACCUGCACCAGGCUGGGAAGACUGAAUCUGCAAUAGGUAAGCAGCUUGGUUUGAAGAAAUCAACUGUGGGAGCAAUUAUUAGGAAAUGGAAGACAUACAAGACCACUGAUAAUCUCCCUCGAUCUGGGGCUCCACGCAAGAUCUCACCCCGUGGGGUCAAAAUGAUCACAAGAACGGUGAGCAAAAAUCCCAGAACCACACGGGGGACCUAGUGAAUGACCUGCAGAGAGCUGGGACCAAAGUAACAAAGCCUACCAUCAGUAACACACUACGCCGCCAGGGACUCAAAUCCUGCAGUGCCAGACGUGUCCCCCUGCUUAAGACAGUACAUGUCCAGGCCCGUCUGAAGUUUGCUAGAGUGCAUUUGGAUGAUCCAGAAGAGGAUUGGGAGAAUGUCAUAUGGUCAGAUCAAACCAAAAUAUAACUUUUUGGUAAAAACUCAACUCGUCGUGUUUGGAGGACAAAGAAUGCUGAGUUGCAUCCAAAGAACACCAUACCUACUGUGAAGCAUGGGGGUGGAAACAUCAUGCUUUGGGGCUGUUUUUCUGCAAACGGACCAGGACGACUGAUGCGUGUAAAGGAAAGAAUGAAUGGGGCCAUGUAUUGUGAGAUUUUGAGUGAAAACCUCCUUCCAUCAGCAAGGGCAUUGAAGAUGAAACGUGGCUGGGUCUUUCAGCAUGACAAUGAUCCCAAACACACCGCCCGGGCAACGAAGGAGUGGCUUCGUAAGAAGCAUUUCAAGGUCCUGGAGUGGCCUAGCCAGUCUCCAGAUCUCAACCCCAUAGAAAAUCUUUGGAGGGAGUUGAAAGUCUGUGUUGCCCAGCGACAGCCCCAAAACAUCACUGCUCUAGAGGAGAUCUGCAUGGAGGAAUGGGCCAAAAUACCAGCAACAGUGUGUGAAAACCUUGUGAAGACUUACAGAAAACGUUUGACCUGUGUCAUUGCCAACAAAGGGUAUAUAACAAAAUAUUGAGAAACUUUUGUUAUUGACCAAAUACUUAUUUUCCACCAUAAUUUGCAAUAAAUUCAUUAAAAAUCCUACAAUGUGAUUUUCUGGAUUUUCUUUCCUCAUUUUGUCUGUCAUAGUUGACGUGUACCUAUGAUGAAAAUUACAGGCCUCUCUCAUCUUUUUAAGUGGGAGAACUUGCACAAUUGGUGGCUGACUAAAUACUUUUUUCCCCCACUGUACCAUAAUAAUGGUGGCUGCAGCAAUAUGAGGACUACAUUAGCCAAUGUGUUUUCAGUCUAGGCUUGAUGUUUAGCAUUGCGAAUUAGGACUGUUUUAGGGUUUAGCUUGGUUGCCAGUUUCUAGUUGAAGCAGGGUGAUUCUUGAGCAUUCUCUCCAGUGGAUCUAUAUUAAAUACAAUUAUUAGCUAAUCACACCAUUUUAGUAUGUCAUAAAUUUGAGGAUUCCAUAGAAAAUUUGGUGUAUCUAAAUCUAAUUUAGUGUCUAAGCAUUUCACUGCACCUGCUAUAACAUCUGCUAAACCGUGUACAUGACCAAUAAACUUUGAUUUAUUUGAUCCAAAGUGUAUUGGUGUUAGUCAAUUUAAAUGAAGGUAAAUAACAUUGUGAGCAAAAUGAUUAAUCAUAUCAGUUUAGUAAAUUAUUUUUAAAGGUUUGAGGAUCUUAGAUUUGAGCAUUUAUGGCCUCCAUUUCAGAAAAUACUAAUUUACCUAAAUUGUCUCAUUGGUGUUACCAUAAUUCAUGUUACUACUCCUACUGGUCGCACAAUGUUAUCAUAAUAUAACAAAAAUAUUUAAAGUUAUUAAGCUACCAUAUUCGUUGAUUUAGGGUGGGAGGAUGUACCCGCAUACAUAAAAAACAAAUGCCACUGUAAUUCAGGAAUGACACAGCAACUCCUUUGUUGUUGUCAUACCAAAAAUGUAGUAGACUGAAUCAGAAACAGACUGGAAACCAGGGUAUGCUAAAUGUGAUAUAGUGGCAGGUCUGGGAUGAGGUUGUGACUCUGUACAUCUCUUCUAUUAUUUACACAUAUUGAUCUCUGUUCUCCCCCUGGCUGGCACCCUGGGUAACUUGACCUCCUAAUACAGGCCACGGCUAUUGUGGUUAAUAGUGCUGAGAAUGUGCUUACAGUACUAUACUCGGUUUGCUGAAGGUUGUGUGUGUGUGUCCUGUAGACCAUGGAGCAGGUGAAAGAGCGUCUGUGGGAUGACCACUUCUCGGAGUACGGUCGAGGCGUCCACAUGUUCCGCACAGAGAAGAUCCAGAAGCUGGUUGCCAUGGGGAUACCAGAGUCGCUACGGGGAGAGCUAUGGAUGACCUUCUCUGGUGAGGGGCGGUGGAGUCUGAGGUCAUUGGUUACUAUAACAACAGGCCAAAUACACUACAUGACCAAAAUCAUGGGCAUUAAUAUGGAGUUGGUCCACCCCUUUGCUGCUAUAACAGCCUCCACUCUUCUGGGAAGGCUUUCCACUAGAUGUUGGAACAUUGCUGCGAGGACUUGCUUCCAUUCAGCCACGAGCAUUAGUGAGGUCGGGCACUGAUGUUGGGCGAUUAUGCCUGGCUCGCAGUCGACGUUCCAAUUCAUCCCAAAGGUGUUCGAUGGCGUAGAGGUCAGGGCUCUGUGCAGGCCAGUCAAGUUUUUCCACACCGAUCUCGACAAACCAUUUCUGUAUGGACCUCGCAUUGUCAUGCUGAAACAGGAAAGGGCCUUCCCAAACUGUUGCCAAAAAGUUGGAAGCACAGAAUUGUCUAGAAUGUCAUUGUAUGCUGUAGCGUUAAGAUUUCCCUUCACUGGAACUAAGGGGCCUAGCCCAAACCAUUGAAAAACAGCCCCAGACCAUUAUUCCUCCUCCACCAAACUUUACAGUUGGCACUAUGCAUUCGGGCAGGUAGCGUUCUCCUGGAAUCCGCCAAACCCAGAUUCGUCCAUCGGACCGCCAGAUGGUGAAGCGUGAUUCAUCACUCCGGAGAACGCGUUUCCACUGCUCCAGAGUUCAAUGGCUGCGAACUUUACACCACUCCAGCCGACGCUUGGCAUUGUGCAUGAUGUUCUUAGGCUUGUGUGCGGCUGCUCGGCCAUGGAAACCCAUUUCAUGAAGCUCCCGACGAACAGUUCUUGUGCUGACGUUGCUUCCAGAGGUAGUUUGGAACUCGGUAGUGAGUGUUGCAACCGAGGACAGAUGAUUUUUACACGCUACGUACUUCAGCACUUGGCUGUCUCGUUCUGUGAGCUUGUGUGGCCUACCACUUCGGGGCUGAGUUGUUGUUGCUCCUAGACGUUUCCACUUCACAAUAACACUUACAGUUGACUGGGGCAGCUCUGACCUGCUGACUUGUUGGAAAGGUGGCAUCCUAUGACGGUGCCACGUUGAAAGUCACUGAGCUCUUCAGUAAGGCCAUUCUACUGUCAAUGGUUGUCUAUGGAGAUUGCAUGGCUGUGUGCUCGAUUUUAUACACCUGUCAGCAACGGGUGUGGCUGAAAUAGCCGAAUCCACUCAUUUGAAGGGUUGUCCAAAUACUUUUGUAUAUAUAGUGGAUAUUUAAUGGUGGGGUUAUGGUUAGGGUAGAUAUUUAUAUAUCCCCAAAGGAGGGAGAGAGAGUGCUGUUUUGUGCUCUGCUCGACUGCCUACUUUUAGUUUCCUUCCUGUGUACUGUACCAUGCCUAGCAAUUCUAGUAUGUGCCAUUUUAUAUUUUAGAGUUUGUGGAGUGGCUUUUACCUUUUUUAGAAUCAGAAGUCUCGAUGCAACAUUGUAGAGUCGAUUCUCGGGGACCCUACUUUGCCAUAACUGUUAGCAUCAGAGUUAAUGUAAUAUGGAAUCCAGAACAGCAGGAUUUAGUGGGCAUACAAAUAACUCCAAUGAAAACAAGCAAUUAGGCCUGUGAGCACCCUGCACCAGAAACAGACAGGCAACCGAUUGUGGCUUCACCACUCACUGGGAUAGAACUGUUUUCUUUGGCCCCAUAUCAAACUGUCCUAGGUCCAUGUUUACUCCCUCUCAAUUGUCUGAAAGCAUCCUUUCACAUCCUAGAGGGGGAGUCAACAAAGGGAAAGAGCUAGUAAAAAAUAAAAAAGCCUUGUCCCAAAUUAAUCUCAGUUAACCCAGAACUAAAGUCUUGCAUAAUUGGUCAGAUGCUUGUAGUCUGUCCAUGAGAGAUUAGUCCCAAAGUAACCCCUACCUUUUUGGUGUUUGCAGAUCUGAAGGAACCGGAUAGGUGAUUUAUCCAUUCCUUUUAGAUCGAAAGGAAAGGGAUAGGGGAUGUUGUCUGACCAGGCCUUCAUGUAAGUGGUUAUAUGCUGUUGCUGUGUAACACUGACACCAUUCCCCUUGGAAACGCAGAUGCCUCGUCAGAGUUGUCAUCCCACCCAGACUACUACUCGGGGCUAGUGACGGAGUCUAUGGGGCAAAGCAGUCUGGCCACGGAGGAGAUCGAGAGAGACCUGCACCGCUCGCUGCCCGACCACCCUGCCUUCCAGAACGUCACGGGCAUCGCGGCGCUGCGCCGCGUCCUCACCGCAUAUGCCCACCGCAACCCCAAGAUUGGCUACUGCCAGGUAAGGCACCCACCACCAUACAGUAUGUCACAAUGUGUGCACACGUGUACAUUCUACUGUAUAGUGUGUCCAGUGUCCAUAACCAUAACCAUACAGUUACAGACAGUAUAACUGACUGCCUGUCUGUCUUUCUAGUCAAUGAAUAUCCUGGCAUCUGUGCUGCUGCUGUACACUAAAGAGGAGGAGGCCUUCUCACUGCUAGUGGCUGUGUGUGAGAGGAUGCUACCUGACUACUUCAACCGCAGAGUCAUAGGUGAGAGGUCAAACUGACCUGUAUAGGUUUACCGCUGCUACUGCUAUUGUUACUACAGUACUUUUACUACAGCGAUGGUUUGUUUACUUCAGCUAGUACUGUACAUUAGAGAAGUACUAUCAAAGACACAGCAGAGAGACUCUAUCAGUACACAUACAUUUUCCUGUAGUGCUGUUCUGGUGUUUAGGUGAUUUGAAUGUGGUUUCGUUGUGGCAUGUUUAUUCUGUCAGGCCAAUGGAGCCAACAAUAACCAAAGGCUUUCUUUAGCCACCAUGAAGCGUGUGCUGAAACACAAGCUAAUUUCCUCUGCUUUGUUUUGCUAUUUAUUUAUGCCGCAUAUGAAAUGCCUUCAAAGUAAUUUCCUCUUCCUUUACCUGUUCUGUCUGAAUGAGUGUCUGGCCUGUUCUGCUUUGAAAUGACAGUUGUUUACUUAUUCGCCUUAGAAAAUAGAUUGUUAAUCUCCAGGCAACUUCCUGGUUCAAAUAGUCUUUAAAAUAGAAUUUAUCUGGGAUAAUUCACAAUGAGUAUACAUCAUGAGUAUGCACUCACAGUAUAUCCAUACGACCAAAAUCCAUUUCCCUUUGUGGGAUAAAAAAUAUAUAGAAUUUUAUACUUCUAUAUGUGUGUUUAUCUAUAAUAUAGAUUUUCACGUGUGUUUGCAGGUGCUCAGGUGGACCAGUCAGUGUUUGAGGAGCUGAUCCGGGAUCGUCUUCCCGAGCUGGCCGAGCACAUUCCCGACCUCUCCCCCCUCUCUUCCAUCUCCCUGUCCUGGUUUCUCACCCUGUUCCUCAGCGUGCUUCCCUUCCGCAGCGCUGUCUGUGUGGUAGACUGCUUCUUCUUUCACGGCAUCAAAGCAAUCUUCCAGCUGGGGCUAGCUGUGCUGGAUGCUAACGCUACGGCGCUGUGUGCUAGUGCAGAUGACGGCCAGGCCCUCAUGAUCCUCACUGGGUAAUGCUAGACAAGAUUGGCCAACCCUAAUGUGUGGGAUGUUUAUAGUUAAUCAGGCCUUUUAUUUUCACUCUUGGCUCUGUCUGCAGUUUUCUGGACCAGGUGAAGUACGAUGAAGAUCCGUCUCCCCCUGCCACUCACCCUCUCUCGUCUCAGAGUGGGGAGGAGGAGGGCAGCCUGCCUGUAGAACAACAUACCCUGAUCACUGACCUCAUUGCUGACUCCUAUGAGGUAAGACAGCACUGCAAUACUCCCUCCACACCACCAGAGGGUUGUGGUGACAGUGUGGAGCUGAUGUUUGUUCUCGUUGUGUGUUCUGUCUUGUCAGAAAUUUGGAGACCUGACGGUGAGACAAAUAGAGAAGUUGCGAUGCAGACACCGGAUCCAGGUUCUCCAAGCACACGAGGACACCACCAAGGAGAAUGCGGUGGUUCUCUCAUUUCACAUAAACGGUCACACGCAUGCAUGAAAUACACCAUGACCAAAGGUUGAAACCUUACACUUUUCCUCUCCAAAAUGCUCUGACCCUUCCCCUCUCUCUCUGUGUAUUUAGCUCAGGGUGGUGACCCCAGAUGUCUCUCUCUCCCCUGAAAACCUGGCUGAUGUCUACGACCUCUUCAGGGUACUUCAGCUCAAUUCAACACACCUUCAUUUAUCUCCCCAGGACCGCUAAGAAAGCCAUUGCCAGAAUACAAUAAUAACAUCCUCCACUUAUAGUCCAACUGUACAACAAUACUUCUGUUUCUGUUUGUCUUAUAGACAGAGCACUUCAUCAACCUGUACUGGGGCGAUGGGGGCACCACAGUGGCCCUCCAGCACCAUGACCCAGGCCGGCCCUAUGUGGAGCAGUACAGAGUGGACCGGGCCCAGUUUAAGAGCCUGUACAUGCUGCUGGUUCCCUGGCUUUGUGGCCUCCAUACUGACACUGUGGCCCACCGGACCUUCACACUACUGGACCAGGACAGAGACUCACUCAUCACCUUCAGAGAGUUCGCUGGGUGGCUGGGUAUGUGAACGAGUGUUUGUGUGUGAGAGAGAAAGUAAGAGAGGGAGGGGGUGUGUAUUUAAAAGAGGGAGAGUGAGUGAGUGUGCGUAUGCCUGAAGAGAGACUUUGUGGGAAAUAUGAGUUUGUGUGCGUGACUGUGUGCCUGCAAGUGUAUACAAAUACCAAGAAAACAUACACCAUGCUAUCUCACAUCCAAGUCCCCUUGUAAGGCAUAUCAUUCAUGAACAUUGGAAACCUGCCCACUAUGCUUUUAUGGGCAUUUGGAAUUCAGCCCACAAAGCUUUUAUGGGAAUCAAUAUCCAGCCAAGGCUUUUAGGAGAUGUUGUGUACAGUACAGUGGAGGACUGAAGUAGAGGAAGAUUAAGAUUAUGUAAAUUCACCUCUUAAAUUCACACACAUCUGAAGGGCUCCCUCUGUGGUCCUCUAUCAUUCAGUAUAAACACUAACCUAUAAUUUACUGACAGUAUAAGCACUAACCUUUCAUUAUUGACACACAUUGUGAUUUAAGGCCAAUGACAAUUCUGUGUGUGUGUGUGUGUCUCUCUGUUUCAGAUACGCUAUACUGUGUGGAACUGAAUGAGAAGGUCAGACUACUGUAUCGUUUGCACAUACCUCCAGGUGGGUCACAUAGCUUUCCUAUGGUGUUUUUGCUUCUUUCAUGUACUUUAGUUGGACAUGCAAUUAUCUUUAAAUAACAUGUGCACUUUGUGACAACUGCUGAUGUAAAAAGGACUUUAUAAAAUAGAUUUGAUUGAUGAAUUAACUAGAGAUUAACAUUCUUCAUAAUACGACUGUUUCCUGUAGCUCUGACUGAGAGUGAGGAUGACCCGUCUCCACUGAAGAGCCCUCUGCUGUCAACUACCAGACCACUCCAUGUAGAGCUGCCCAAUGGUAAGUAUUCACACACUGUUCCAGGUUCACAUUUACAGCACAGGUCUGUUUAGAUUAUCACAUUGAUGUAGCUCCUGAUGUGUGUGUUCGUGUUGAAGGGGAGAUAAGAGACUUUCAGGAGCAGUUGAAGCAGAUGCUGAAAGACCUGGCUAAAGAGAAGGAGAAGGAUGUGGAGCAACCUUUACCUCCAAUGAACCAGGUACAUACAAUUAAAAAAGGAAUUCAAUUAGGAAUCUAUUAAACAAAGAGUAAUUGAAAGGUACUAAGUAGGCCUCCCGAGUGGCGCAGCGGUCUAAGGCACUGCUUGAGGCGUCACUACAGACCCGGGUUCGAUCCCAGGCUGUGUCACAACCGGCCAUGACUGGGAGUCCCAUAGGGCAGCACACAAUUGGCCCAGCGUCGUCCGGGUUAGGGGAGGGUUUGGCCAGGGGGGCUUUACUUGGCUUAUCGCGCUCUAGCGACUCCUUGUGGCAGGCCGGGCGCCUGCAGGCGGACUUCGGUAGUCCUUUGAAUGGUGUUUCCUCCGACACAUUGGUGCAGGCGGGUGUUAAGAAGCGCGGUUAGGCGGGUCAUGCUUCAGAGGACGCAUGACUCUAACUUCGCCUCUCCCGAGCCUGUUGGGGUGUUGCAGUAAUGAGUCAAGAUUGUAAUUGGAUCGCAAUUGGAUAUCCCGAAAUUGGGGAGAAAAAAGGGGCAAUACAAUUUUUUAUAAAAAUAAAGGUAUAAACUUGUAUUAUUGUUUUCUACAGAGGGAGUUCAUCCAGUUCUGUAAGACCCUCUACAGCAUGUUCCAUGGCAACCCAGACGAGAACGAGCUCUUCCAGGCCAUCGCUACAGUGACCAGCCUGGUGCUGCAGAUCGGCGAGGUCGACCACCGCAGCCGCUGCUCGGGGUCAGAGGUCAGCAGCGAGGGUGGGGCCGGAGACGAAGUAGAGGACGAUCACAAGGAGGGGAGUCAAGAAGACCACCCUGUCUUCAGCACCAAAGAAGAAGAAGGAGGAGGAGAGAGGAAGGAGGGGACCAGCAAGAGUUCAGGGUCUGAGAGUCAGAGCGAGUGGACGGUCAGCUACGCUCAGAUCCUGGCCUCUCUCCUCACAGAACAGCAGCUGGUCAACUUCUUUGAGAAACCGAUGGACCUGUCAGCAAAGGUAGCUGAGGCAAAAGUGAAACAGUACCAUGAAAGGGCU